GUGCCUAUUCUGUAUUCCGACGGAUUUCUAUUUCGUUCGAAAGUGAUAUUUCUAUCGUUUUCGAAUUUACCAUUCCCUAUUCCAAUCGUUUUGCUCGUUUCGAACGAAAGUGUUAGAAAAUUUCGAAUAUGCAUCGAUCUGUCAAAAACCGAUAAACAAAAAGAAACACCGUAUUAAAUAGCGGCGAGUGCGAGUUGAAUUUCAGUUAAUUUUUGAUCCUAAGAGAAAUUUGUGAGAAAAUUUUCUCGUUCAAUGGAUUCCGUUUUGUUACCGAUUUUGGCGGAGCAAGAAGAAAUUGGAAUGCCUUGCUACCAUCGGCGAAACCACCGAAAAUCAACCGACUUCAUGAAACUUUCUGAUGAAGCAUUCAUCAAAAGUUUUCGUCUAAGUAAGGAAGCUUUUCGGUACGUUUUAGAGGAAAUUGAGAACUGCCUUACCACAAGGAAAGGUGGUCUAUCCACGGAGGUGAAACUCGCAGCAUGUUUGCGAUUCUUUGCUGAAGGAAAUUAUCAACAUGGAGCAGGGCAAGAUUAUCACAUUGCCAUAGCACAGCCCACAUUUUCCAAGGUGCUGACUGAAAUGCUUAACAUUCUGGAGCGGACACUGUGUAAGAAAUGGAUUUCCCUAAAUAUGACGGAAGACGAACAGCGGCGUGCUAAACUACACUUCUAUCAGAAAACAUCAAUUCCGGGUGUUAUUAUGUGUUUGGAUGGAACCCACGUAAAAAUUAUUCCACCUAAGCUGAAUCGAAAUUUGUUUUUUAAUCGGAAGGGAUUUUAUAGUCUCAACGUUCUGAUUGUUUGUGACGAUCAGCAAAGGAUUCGUUUCGUUGAUCCUACCUUCCAGGGAUCUAAUCAUGACUCUCAUAUAUGGCGUGUAAGCCCUGCAAGAACUCACUUUGAGCAGCUUCACCAAAAUGGUGAAGUUAAUACUAAGAUUCUAGGUGAUGCUGGUUAUCCAUCGGAACCUUGGUUAGUAACGCCAUUCAGAGCAGCGGAGGAAGGGAGUUUGGAGAGCGAUUUUAAUCGCAGGCAUGCCUUGGGUCGUGCUAUCGUCGAGCGGACAAUUGGUUUACUAAAAAAUCGGUUUAGAUGCAUCCUUGGCGCGAGACAACUUCACUACAAUCCUACUAAAUGCGCUCAAAUUAUAAAUGUAUGCUGUGCACUUCACAAUAUAUGCUUAGAAUUUGGUCGUUCUCAGUAGUUAUAAUAUGUUAUGCAGCUGUUUACAUAAUAAACUUUUGUUUAAAUUAAUAUUUAUGACUGUUAAAUUUCAUCUAACUUGUUUGCAAAUGCUCAAAUAAAUAACAACCACCGGAAAAGGAAGUGUCUUCCUUACUUAACUAUGGUUUCGGCAGAAUUAUUUACUCUUAUUCCUGCCAACACUUUGAGAACAUGUCAUUAUCGAUUUCUCGUAAGCAGGCCAAGUAUUCAAAUAACCAUUAUUAAUACUUUUUGCGUUGUUUUAACCCCUUGCUGUACGAUUUAAUUUCCAACAGCACGGCCCAAAACGAGCACUUCGAGUCGUUCCGCUACUCUGCUGAGUGUGGGUAUCUAACAUGGGUGCCCUAUGAUGAGCAAAUACAUGUUGUGUUUAAAAUAAAAACGAAGGA